AUGUAUUCCCUCGGACAAGACGACAUACUCGGAACAAGUUCACCAUGUGCAAACCCCUUGCCAUUCGAAACUCACCGUGAAGAAUGUAAAUUUUUCUUCUAUCACGUCCAUGGAGUUCUGAAAGUCAUUUUAACCCACCUGGAAGAACAUCUGGGUCUCGCAUCUGGUAUCCUAAUGUCCCUGAAUACUUUAGACAAGGAAUCAGAUAUUUCUCCACGUAUGCUAAUUAAUCGUGCUCAAUUAUCUACAAAAGAUCAUCAGAUCACAUUAGGUGGCCAUACAGAUAUUGGAACCAUAAUGAUGCUCUUCAAUAUCGCAGGGGGUCUACAAAUUCUUCCCUCCUCAGCAGAAAACUGUAAUGAGAAUUGGCAAUACAUCCGUCCGGUCCCAGGCUGCGCACUGAUAAAUACCGGAAAUAUGAUGGUCGAAUGGACAGGUGGAAUAUUACGGAGCUCACUCCAUCGUGUUGUUACUGCGCCGGGAAAAGGGCGGGCGUUACGAGGCAGAGUUUAG